AUGUCAAAUGCUCCUGAUGCACCACCGUAUCCUCAAUCACCUGAACUCGAAGAACCAUCUCCCUUGGCGUACGCUGAAAUAUUGACUUUCCAGUGGUGUUUUGGUAUCAACAAGGAUAUUCCCGUAUUGAACUUAUCCAUCAAUUCGACGAAGAAAAUAUUUUAUGUCGCUUCACAAAUCGGUGUCUUGUACGAUUUUAGCAGUAACAAACAACAAUUACUUAUUGGGCAUAGAAAUAACAUAUCGUGUUGCUGUGUUAGUGAUAAUAAACGAUGGCUUGUUACAGCUGACAGUGGUCCGGAUUGUACAAUUAUUGUUUGGGACACCAUAUCAGGACUACCAAAUCAAACAUAUUUCGAUGUUUUGAAUGGAGGUGCAAAUGCCGUGGCAAUUAGCUUUGAUUCUAAAUAUAUUGCUACACUUAGUAAAGACGGUCCACAGAUUAUGUCUAUUUGGGAUUGGACUUCAGCUAGCGAUGAGCCAUUAUGCGCCGUAGAGUUGAAGAAAGAAUAUGAUAAUCAAUAUUUUAUUCGGUUUAAUAAUCGCGAUGCAUCUCAACUCGUGUCCAACUCGACAACACAAGUCUUGUUUUAUGAUUGGAAUCCACAAGAGGGAAUUACAUGUUUUGAUCCUGAACUAACGGAGCGUACAUUCAAUAGCUCUCGAGAAAAAUUAGGUUAUUUAACUCAAUCAACUUUUUUAUUAAAUUCCACCCAAGCAAUAACGGCAACAACAACAGGAAAACUUGUACUCUGGGAUUGUAAAUUAAAUCCUGCAAAUGUCAACAGGGAUCUAAUGUCGCGUGAUAAUACGAAUAUGACAAAUAAACGUGAUCGUUCGAAGGGUUUAAAUCGAGAAGAAACAGGCGCAUCCUCAAUUACUUCAACCAAUCGGACACUGUCGUCGGGUACAAGUGUUAGAUCACAAACUAAAAAUAUAAAUGAAAAAGAAAUAUCCGAUGUGAGUCAAAAACAAGAUCGAAUACGAAAAACUCUGAGAAAUGAUAAUCAGCAACAUUCAUUAAUGAAUAAAAAAGCAUUAAAGUUGUGUGAACCCCAGAAGAAAGCCAUUACUGUCUUAACAACAGUAGAUGAUUUAGUCAUAACGGGUGAUUCCGACGGUAUUAUACGAUUUUUCGAUCAAGAAUUAAAAUUAAGAAUGUGGUAUCAACAUUUCAAAUUGGGUCCAAUCAAAUCUAUAUCAUUCACAUUCACAACAACAGACUAUACGCCAACGGAAACCGUGGAUGACAAAGAUUUGGAAAAUGAAACUACACUAGCACAACCAAAAUUCAUCACACCUGAUUAUAUUAUCAGUUCAACAACCGCAUGUAUCGGUCAUAUUUCAUCAAGUGGAAGUAAAAUACAAAUCAUUAAACGAGAUUCAGAUUCUGCAAUUUAUGCUCUAGUAACUCAUCCAUUUGAAAGUAAACUCUGUUUUGGUAAUUGUAACGGUCGCCUUCAGCUGUGGGAUUAUGAUGUGAAACAACUGAUAACCUCAGCAGUUGCAACAAAAGUAGCCGUUACAUCAUUGCAGUACAAUCAUAAUGCUAGCUGUCUAGCUAUUGGAUAUCGAAAUGGUGAAUUACAAUUAUGUGAUCCAUUAUCAUUAGAAAGUAUUUUGAGAGCACCAUUCAAAUAUGCGAGAUCAUCGAUUGAAAUUAUACAAUUUUCAAAUGAUUCAAAUUAUUUAGCCACGGCAGAAGAAGAUUUUACGGUCUCAGUAUACCGUCAAAACUUAUUUAGUCAAGAAGUCUAUACGUUUCUUGGUAGAUAUCGUGCACAUUACAAACAGAUACGUAGUAUGUUCUUUGGAUUAACUCUCGACGACAAUCUACCACGUUUAAUAACGAUAGGUUCUGAUCGUGUAUUAAGUGAAUUUGAUCUAUUAGAAAGUGAUUUUGAUAAUUUGAUUUUGAAAACUCCUCAACGUGUUGAACAAACAUGUGUACCAAUGUGUGCAUGCUGGUAUCCACCGGGAAUAACAAAAGAAUCAUUUCUACUCACAGCUAAUUCUGAAUAUAAGUAUAAAUUAUUUAAUAGUGAAACAAAAAUGUGUCGAAAAACAACAUUGGGACCAACAUUUGGAUCACCAUUACGCAAAAUUCAAGUAUUACCUCAAACAACAAAUCAAAAUAAACAUUAUUUAUAUUUUAUGACACAAGAUAAAGUUGGACUACAACGUUUACCAUUAACGGGAAAUCCGUAUGAUCAAAUGGCCGUUAUUAUGCAUCCAAAUAAGGUUGCCGAUGUUGUGUCAAGUUUUGAUGGAAAAUAUUUGUUUUCAUCUGGUGGUUUAGAUUCGACUAUACAUAUGUUAAAAGUAAAUACCGAUGUAUUGGAUGUCCAAUCGAAUCUUGGUGGUGCAGAUCUGAUACCAUUUUAUAAAUUGCUAGAAGGUGGCAGAGAAGGUGAUAUAUUUAAAGAAAUGCAAGAUCUAUUUUAUUAUAGUCAACUGAGAUAUCAAGGCUUGGAUCGUUUUGAUCGUCGAGAAGUCGCACCUGUUAUACCCUUGAGUGAAAUACCAUUUGUUAUGAGAGCUCUAGGAUAUUAUCCGACGGAACAAGAAAUUGAAGAAAUGUUAAAUGAAGUCAAAUUUAGUAAAUAUGUUGAUACAAACACAUACGUAGAAGAGAUCGAUUUAAAUGAUUUCAUCAAAUUAUAUAUCAAUCAUCGUCCUGCCUUUGGUUUAAAUCCAUCAGAUUUAUAUCAAGCAUUUGAAGUACUUGGCGAUAAUCUAAAUUCUAAAACAUGUGAACCGGAGAUAACUCGUGAGAAUUUACUUUAUUUAUUGCAAACAUUUGGUGAACAUAUGUCAGAAUAUGAAUUGGCUGAUUGUCUUUGUAAUUUAUUAAAUUUACAAGAAAACAUUGACGAUAUGAAUACAGCAGAUGCGAGUGAAUUUGUUGAAAGUAGAUUGCCAAAUAAAAUUACGCUGCAAUCAUUUAUGGAAGAAUUAUUAAAAAUGCCUUCACAAUAUGUUGAACAAUGUUUAUACACGGUAUUACAAUUAAAAAGACCAAUUACUGACGGGAAUGAUAGAUCAUAUGAAAGACAAAAAAGUAUUCGAUCACAACAAUCAGAAUCACGAGCAUCAACGACUUCAUAA